AUGUUGAACUUGUUCUACACUCCUGGCAGCCCACCAUGCAGAUCCGUUAUGCUGACUGCCGAGGCUUUGGGCUUGGAAAUUAAUUUGAUACCUAUGGAUCUCUUCAAAGAUGAUCACAAGAAAUCAGGAUUUGUCGAGCUAAAUCCUCAACACACUUUACCUACACUGGUUUACGAUGAUUUUGUUUUAUGGGAGAGCCGUGCAAUCAUGGUGUACUUGGUUGAAACGUACGGAAAAGACGAUAAUACACUGUUCCCCAAGGACACGAAAAAGCAAGCGCUGAUCAACCAAAGACUGCAGUAUGACUUGGGCACCUUGUACCCGACUUUUAUCGACCAAUACUACAUGUGGCUUUUUGGUUAUGCAAAAAAAACCGACGAAAAAGAGAAUAGACUCCACGAUGCACUCGAGUUUUUGGAAACCUUUCUGAAAUCUUCCGAUUGGGUAGCUGGCGAUUCCAUGACUUUGGCCGAUAUAUCUUUGGUAGCUACUAUUUCAACAUUUGAGGUUUCUGGUGUUGACUUGAAUAGACACGAAAAAGUCUCUAAAUGGCUUCAAAGGUGCAAGACUAAAAUUGUGGGAUACAAAGAUAUCAAUCAAGUUGGAGUAGAUCGAUUCAAAGCCUUGAUAGACGAUAAAUUAGCUAACACAGUUGCACAAAUGGAAGAAGUUACCAAGGAUGAUGUAUUUGCAGCGAUUGAGGUAUUAAAAAAAGCUGUAACAGCUAAGAUCAUAGAUGAAGAAUUCUCUGAUUCAAUACAGAAAAUAAAUACAGCCGUAUCGGUCUAUUAUCUGGUGUUUUGCCUAUGCGUGUAUUUGAAGGUGCUCUUGUUUUUAUACUUGAAGAAGAUGGACUUGUACUACACUUCUUUCAGUGCGCCAUGUAGAUCCGUUAUGCUGAUGGCCGAAAUUUUGGAUUUGAAAUUGAAUUUGAUACCUAUAGAUCUCAAAUCUCGCCAACAUCUUGAAAAAAAAUUCACCGACAUAAAUCCUCAACACAUUUUACCUACACUGGUUGAUGAUGAUUUUGUUUUAUGGGAGAGUCGUGCAAUUAUCGUGUACUUGGUUCAAAAUUAUGGUGGAGACAAUAGUCCGCUGUUCUCUGAAGAUACGAAAAUACAAGCGCUGAUCAACCAAAGACUGCAGUUUGACAUGGGCACCUUGUACGCACCUUUUGUCAAUCAAUACAGCUCGUGGAUGUUUUUUAAAAUACCGAGAACCGAAUACAAAGAGAAUAAACUCCACGUAGGACUCAAGUUUUUUGAAGACCUCUUGAGAGACUCUUGGGCUGCCGGCGAUUCAAUGACUGUAGCCGAUGUGGCUUUGGUGGCUUCCAUUUCGACAAUCGAAGCUGUCGGUGUUGACUUGACGAAGUACACCAAAAUCUCUAAAUGGUUUGAAAAUUGCAAGGCAACUAUGAAAGGAUACAACGAGGCUAAUAAAGAGGGAAUUGAAGUAGUCAAAACUAUGGUAGCCAAUAGAAAGUCUGAAGACAAAAAGAAAUUCGAAGAACCAGUCGAGAUAGAACAAUCAGUUACCAAUGAUGAUAUAGUCAAAGCAGUUAAAACACUAAUACAAGCUGUGCAACAUCAAGUCAUAUCCCUAGAAUAUUCUGAAAUGUUGAAAAAAUUUGAGUCAAAAAUAGAGACUAAAACCCCUUUGAAAAUUUAA